AUGGGAAGGAUCAUUUUGUACCUAUUCUGCACUCUACAAAUUAGUGUUCCCUCCAAGGUCCUUAAAUCCCUACAGACGACCUUAUCUAAAUUUAGCAAACACAAGAUUACCCACCUACACCAGCUCACGCACCUGGGCGCACUCAGGACGUUCACAGAUUUGAGAGAUCGGCUCAAGAUUCCGCAGCAUGCCCACUUCUCAUACCUGCAAAUGUCACACACGAUCACAGAUGCUCGUACACACACGGUAGGGGGCGAACUGACAGGAUUAAUGACAAGAUUUGAAUGCAAAUGUAUUAGCCAACAACAACAGAAAAGAUCCCUCUCGUUUUGCUACAAUGCAAUCAUCGACGAAUCUCAAACUAAGGUCUGGGGCUACCAGAAAGAAUGGCAUAAAGAUCUGGGGAGAGAAUUGUCCCCACAGGAAGGGGUCCUCGUUAUGCGCCUCACACCUCGAGACAUCGAGGAAAAUACUGUACAGAUGGUACUUGACACCAAACAAGCUUUCUAA